AUGGUCAACAGGAGCAAGUUCACCAAGCGCUACAAGCCGAUGCCCAAGUUAGUUUCGAAAAAGCCAAAACCGAAAGAACCAGAACGGAAGGUCCAGAAGAAUCUAUUUGGAGUUGUAGAAUUUCUGCCAUCUGCGCCGAUUCUAGCUGACUAUAAUGUCCCGGACUCAAAGGUGGAAUGUUCAGAGUCAGGUGAGGAAUCAAGCCGGCAGAAUUCCUUGGCAAUUGCUGCUCCAAGAACGCCAACGGAGAAAGAGGUGCUGCACAUCUACGAAGACGUUACCAAACUGUCUGAUAUCGAGCGCUAUCUAAAUAUAUUGUACAGACCCUUUUCCUGCUUGGCCACCACCACAUCCAAGUACGAUCUCUCGGAACUGGAGGUCCAUCUUCGCCAUGCCCGGUUCGAUCCCGAUAGACACUUGGCUGUUUUGGUGAAUCGCCUUUCGCCCAUGAGCAGCCUGAAGAUCUAUCCCAAUGGCAAUAUAUAUUGCCAGGGCUAUAGCCGUGAAGAUGCCCGAAGAGGUUUGAUUAAUAUAGUCCAAGAGCUGAGGGACCUGGGUUAUACUCCCCGUUUGCGCCGCUAUAAGUUUAAUGUGGUCAACGCCACCUUCAGUGUGCCCUUUCAUCUGAACUUGGAGCAACUCCACUUGCAAAAUCCCCGAUUAACCCAAUACGAUCCCAUGAGUAAGCCAUUUUUGAUCUGCAAAUUGAUGGGUACAAUGGUCAAUUCAGCCAUUUUCCCCACGGGCUACGUAUAUGUGAUGUCUGCCAGCAACCGAGGUCUCAUCAAGCUGGCCAUAGCGCAACUUUUGCCCAUCCUGUAUCGUUUCAAGGAUUCAGAAAAAGAUCAAAGCGAACUGAGCCUCAGUUGCGGCGAUAUUAACUACAAAGUGCUCUGGGAGAACUAUUUCCAGGAUGCUGACCUCUCAGAUUAG